GAUAUUUGAUUUGCUAAAUUUAACUUUAACUUCAACUACCAAGUCAAAAAUAAUGUAAACAAACAGACGUCCUUCUCGGGAGAAACAUGUUCUGGAUAAGAGUUGGCGUAAAACGUUUUGAUUUUAGGAAAGUAUGUUGCCGUUAUACUUCAUCCUCUUCCAUAAUUCCUUUGAAAAAAGUUCUUAUUGCUAAUCGUGGGGAAAUUUCUUGUCGUAUUAUUCGAUCUUCUAAGAAAUUAGGACUUCAAACUGUAGCUGUUUAUAGUGAAGCUGACAAAAAUGCCUUGCAUGUUACUCUGGCGGAUGAAGCAUAUUGUUUGGGACCUGCAGCAUCUCAAGAGAGUUACUUGAAUCAAUCAAAGGUCAUCUCUGUUGCAAAAGAAACAGGUGCCCAAGCAAUACACCCAGGCUAUGGCUUCUUAUCAGAGAAUGCAGAAUUUGCUGAACUCUGCCAGAAACAAGGAGUGGAGUUCAUUGGUCCUCCUCCUUCAGCUAUCAGAGAUAUGGGUAUCAAAAGUACUUCAAAAUACAUUAUGGAUAAAGCUGGUGUCCCUAUUAUUAAAGGUUAUCAUGGAGAAGACCAGAGUGAUGAGCGUCUCAAAAAUGAAGCUGUGAAAAUUGGAUUUCCUGUAAUGCUGAAGGCUGUAAGGGGAGGUGGUGGAAAAGGGAUGAGAAUUGCAUCUUCAUUAGAAGAAUUUGAUGCACAGCUUGAAUCUGCUAGACGUGAAGCUCAAAAAUCUUUUGGCAAUGAUGCCAUGCUUGUUGAAAAAUAUGUAAAGAGACCUAGACAUGUUGAAGUUCAAGUGUUUGGUGACAAAUAUGGAAAUUAUGUCUAUCUGUUUGAGAGAGACUGUAGUGUUCAAAGAAGGCAUCAAAAAAUUAUAGAAGAAGCUCCAGCUCCUGGGUUAGAUGAAGCAACUCGACGUUCAUUGGGUGAAGCUGCUGUUAGAGCAGCAGAAGCAGUUAAUUAUGUUGGCGCAGGAACUGUUGAGUUCAUUAUGGAUGAAGACAGGAAAUUUUAUUUUAUGGAGAUGAAUACCCGCUUACAAGUAGAACAUCCAGUGACAGAAAUGAUUACAGGCACUGAUUUAGUUGAGUGGCAGUUACGAAUAGCAGCUGGAGAAAAGCUUCAUGUAACUCAAGAAGAUUUGAAAAUCCGAGGUCAUGCUUUUGAAGCCAGAAUCUAUGCAGAAGAUCCUGAAGAAAAUUUUAUGCCUGGUGCUGGUCAUUUGUUUCGUCUCUUUACUCCACAGGCAUCUGAAGAUGUUAGGAUAGAAACCGGUGUUAGAGAAGGUGAUGAUGUAUCUGUACAUUAUGACCCAAUGAUUGCCAAACUGGUUGUUUGGGGUCCCGAUCGCAGGUGUGCACUCAUGAAACUUCAUUCUGCAUUAUCUGAAUACAAUAUAGUUGGAGUGAAAACUAAUGUUAAGUUCCUCAUGCAACUUGCUGAACAUGAAGAAUUUGCUCUUGGAAAUGUUCAUACUGAUUUCAUACCUCAGCAUGAAAAGGAAAUAUUGACUUUUAAAGAACCAUCUCACCAAGAUGUAUGUACUGCUGUGUUAAGUGCCAUUACUUUAGAUGCCAGUCAAAGAAAUCGUGACAAAAAUUCUCCAUUUACACAAUUAGAUGGGAUGGUACCAAAUUUGACAUACACGAAGAAAAUUAAGCUUGUGUUCAAAGAUAAAGAUUAUUCUUUAGAUGUUCAUUAUGAAGGAAAUAGCAUUUAUUCUUUCUUCAUUGAAGAUAAGGUGUAUUCAAUGCAAGUUGCUCCAUCUAAAGAAGAUCCAAGUGUACUACAUUGUACAAAAAGUAAUAAAUCUUUUCCUGUUCGAGCAGUGAUUCAUGACAAUGAAAUUCAUCUAUUCUCUAAGGAUUCUAGUUACCAGUUCUUGUUGCCAACUCCCAAAUUCCAGUCAGCAUCUGCUGCUGAGACUUUGCAUAAAGGGGCUAUUGCUCCCAUGCCUGGAGUCAUCGAAAAAAUCAAUGUAAAAGUGGGGGAUAAAGUCAAGAAAGGUGAUCCACUUGUGGUCCUUAUAGCCAUGAAAAUGGAGUAUGUUAUCAAAUCACACUGCAAUGGAACUGUCCAGAAAGUCAAUUUUGAUGUUGGUGCCAAUGUAACAAAAAAUGCUCAAUUGGUUGAAGUAAAUGAAGAAGUGUCUAAGUGAAAUUUAGUUGCAUUCUAAAUGUAUUUGUUUAUAUAUAAGGUUUGUGUAUGCUGAAAUUUGCCAAUUUUUUAUUGGCUUGAAAUUUUAAUCAAUUGUAACACACUUUUACCCCUCCUCACCACAAUUCUAAAAAAUAUUAUGCUACAAUUUAUCGUUCCAUUAAAUAAAAAAAGAUCUAAAUCACAGGGGAGAAAAAUCUAAAUUGAAGGAUUUUUAAAAAAUGCCAAUCUAUAAUGUUUGUCUUCCAAGAAAAAUCAGCAGCCAUUAGAACAAAUGUUUUAAUAUUAUCAAAUUCAUUUUUAUUGUAAAGAAUUUAAAAUCUAUAAUUUAUAGAAUAUAAUCUAUAAGAAAAGUAGAAAACUUUUCUUAAUGAAACUACUACUACUAUUUUUCUUAUAGGAAAUAUUGCAUUUUUAAUGCAGAAUGGAUCAUAUUGUUAUAUGUUAAUUUCACUUUAAAACUAUUGUUAUAUGAAUUAUCAUUAAAAGUUUAUUAUGCAGUUAUUUAAAUAUAUCAGAUUAAAAUUUUCGGAAUUUUAAUAUUUCGUGACUUCAAGGAUAAAGUCAUAAAAAUAUUUUUGGAGGCCACGAUUCUCAUCUUUAUUUCCUACAAACACCCUAUAUAUAAAAGCAGCAAUCUAUUUUUGUAUGUAAUGUUGAAUAAAUAUUUUUCAUAUACAAAUAAAG